AUGCAUGACAAAAUAAAGGGGCAGGCGGCCCGCGCGGCCGUGGACGGGCACGUGCAGAACAAUCAAGUCCUUGGAAUUGGGAGUGGCUCGACCAUUGUUCAUGCUGUGCAUCGACUAGCUGAAAGAGUUCAACAAGAAAACCUGAAUAUUAUUUGCGUCCCUACAUCCUUUCAGGCACGGCAGUUGAUCCUGCAGAGUGGUUUAACCCUAAGUGACCUGGACAGACACCCAGAGCUUGACGUUGCCAUCGACGGAGCUGAUGAAGUGGACUCUGACCUCAAUCUUAUCAAAGGUGGUGGAGGCUGUCUGACACAGGAGAAGAUUGUUGCAGGCUAUGCCAAAUGCUUCAUUGUUAUUGCAGACUACAGAAAAGACUCCAAGAACCUUGGAGAGCGGUGGAAGAAGGGAAUCCCCAUCGAAGUCAUCCCGAUGGCCUAUGUGCCAGUCACCAGGGCCCUGGAAAAGAAGUUUGGUGGUGUUGCUGAGCUGAGGAUGGCAGUUAGCAAAGCAGGCCCUGUAGUGACGGACAAUGGGAAUUUCAUACUGGACUGGAAGUUUGACAUGGUCCACAAGUGGAAGGACGUGAACACAGCUAUCAAAAUGAUUCCAGGCGUGGUGGAAACAGGCCUGUUCAUCAACAUGGCGGAAGCAGUUUACUUUGGAAUGGAGGAUGGCUCCGUCCGCAUGCGUGAGAGACCGAGCCACUGACACCGGUCAGCCACGCUCUCUCCUUUGCCUUUGGCCAAUUCUCGGCUGCUGUCAUCAGUGCCAAUCUGAGAUUUUGCCUUAACGAGCGACCAUCAUGACAGAAGAGGAUGGCUUGAAUGUCAACCGAAUCCACUGAUAUGAUACUGAAUGUUUCUCUCUUCUCUCUCUCUUCUUUUUUUUUUUUUU